AUGGGUGUUCAAACCGCCACCAUUUUCACCCUCACUUUCUCCGGCGCCACCCUUCUCUUGGCCAUCAUUGGCGCCAUGCUCAUUUACCGCGACAUUCAAGACGUUUGGAUGGAAUUGGACCUCGAAAUCGACCGCUUCAAACUCCAAACCGACGAUUUGUGGCUGGAAAUGGUGCAGAUGGGUGCCGCAACCCCAUCAAAUCGCGCUCGACGUCAGGCCUAUGGAGGCUAUGGGGCGCAGAGCACGGGAUAUGGCGGCGGGAGUGGCGGCCACUCUUUCGCCGGCCCCAGUGUCGCUAGUCAGCCGUUGACGGUGGGAGUGCCGAAUUAUGGACCGAAAUGCGGUGAGUUUUGCGGAAUAUUUGGGUUUUUGGAGGGUUAAAGGAAUAGUGGAGACUGAAUUGAUGAAAAAAGAUAACAAAAAAAAAUCUGCGCCCUAGGGGCUUUAUCCUAUAGGAAUUAGUAUCAGUCCGUCGGGAAAAUAAUGAGCACUCUGUCGCAUCGAAAAAAUGAAUUGUAUCGCGACAAAAUCAAAUUUCUUUUCACUAAAAAGUUCAUGUCGCAGCGAUUUUUGAUGCACAGUGCGAAACUAAAAAAGUUGUACUCAUUAUUUUCCCGACAGAUUGAAAUGCAAAAUUUACGGAUACUCGAAGAAUAAGUGCUGUGAAAUUUUUUUUCUCUCACUUCUAAAAAUCAUCAUCUUUAAUUAAAAUUUCCAGCCUGUUCCGCCGCCGACGGACCUUCCAACAACUGUCCCGCCGGUCCAGCCGGCCCUCCCGGCGAGCCCGGACUCGACGGAUUGCCCGGACUGCCCGGAAAAGAUGGUAUUCCUGGCGUUGACAACGAUGACGUCUCCCAGUCGCCUCCUGAAGGCUGCUUCAACUGUCCGCAAGGCCCUCCAGGUGCGCCGGGCGACGUCGGAAAGCCGGGACCUCGCGGAAACCGUGGGCCGAAGGGAACUCCCGGCUUUCCGGGACGCGACGGCCAACCCGGCGAGGUUGGGCCGGACGGCCCGCCCGGCGCGGACGGUCUUCCCGGUGCGGCCGGAGAGAAGGGAACGGACGGAGAGAAUGCCGAGAAAAUCAUUGGAAGAAAGGGUGAUCGGGGUGUGCCUGGUCCUCAAGGCGAGCAAGGACCACAAGGCGAUCAAGGACAGACCGGUGCGCCUGGCGCGCCCGGUCCUCAAGGCGUGCCCGGAGCUCCGGGAUAUCAGGGAAGUCCAGGACCCGACGGUCCAGAGGGAUCGGCAGGGCCAGAAGGAGCCGCCGGAAAAGAUGCGGAGUAUUGUCCAUGCCCGGGACGAAGCUCGGACGCUGGAGCAAGAGGAGGAGAUGCGUAUGGACCAGCUCCGGCAAGCAGUGGAGCGUACAGGAGGAGAAGAAUUUAA